CACAGGGUGAUCGGGGCGGCUCUGUCUCCCUGCGCCGUCUAGACGCUAGGUCUGGUGACACACUGGCUCUCAGACAGCAGCAGCCCUGUCUGCGCUGGGGAGGGAAACCCCGCAUAUGCCCACAGCUCUCGCUAGUGCUUUGUCAAGAGCACCAGUGGGUAGGGCCUUGCCCUGCACCCCAGCCGUCCCUGGUGGUAAAGGCAGGAAGCUUGGCCAGCCCAUGUCUGUGGGAGCCACAACAGGGACACGGUGGUGGGAGCACCCAAAGGGUGUGGUGCACUGGGGCCUGGUUCUCUGUUACACCCUGGAUGGUUAUUUAUGCCAGUGCACAAAGGAUGCGGAGUGCCACUUAGUCACCAUGAGGGAGUUUCACCCACACUUUGCCCUGGCUUAAAUGGCUCCACAGGGCAAUGGGGAAUCAGGUGCCCUUUGUGCCAGCGAGGCUGAUGCCAAGGGGCUGUGCCUGGCAGGUGUCAGCUCCUAGGGAAUAGCCCUGGCCUUUACACCAUCUCUGCAGCAGCUCUGGACACAGGGCCAUCCUGGGGGGAAGGGCUAGAGAAAGGGAGCAGAUGGGGAUGGGAGGAGGUGGGGCUGGAUCUGCACCCCUGCAAACCCCAUAGGGCUCAUUGAGGUAGAGGCACAAUGUUGGGCUGCUCUGGGGUCCUCCUACUUCCCUCUUACCCUGAGUAGGGGAGGCUGCCGCCUCUUGGGCCAGGUGCAGGGAGGGAUCUGAUCCCAAGAGGGAGAAUUAGGACGAACCUCCAGGGCAGGGGAGCUGAAUGGCAGGUACAAUGCCCUGGAAGUGGAGCUGUACUUGCUGUGGAAGGGUCUCCCCACCCCUAGGGGAGCAAGGAGGAGCUCUGGUGGCUGACUCAGUCCCCCCACCUCCUCGUCCGCCUCUAAUUUCUGUUUCAGUGCCAGGGAAUGUUUGCAGGGGGCAGUUGGGCCCCCUUCUCACCAGGGUCACUGCGGUGAUUUGUCCGCGUAUCCAGGCGUGUGUCCACACUUUCCCAGGCUGCACAGACACAGCCCACCUCUGUGCUCUGAGCCAUCUCUUGAUGCAAGACGACCCAUAGCACUUACUGAAUCCUUGCAAGACUGGGUGUGCGCCUGGUUGGAUUUGCCUGGAGGAGUUUCUCUCUCCCCUCCCCAGGGGCCUGAUGUCUCCCUGUCCCCCCGCAAUCUGCCCAAGGCCGGUCGGACUGGCCUGUUGCUGUGAUCGUUGGAAUUCCAGCAGCAAGGUUGCAUCUGGCUGUGCGCACCCACCCAGGUGUCUUGUGGCUUUGGGGAGCGGUGCUAGCUCUCUCUGACUUGCAAAGCUUUGCCUGCUUGGUCUUCCGUGGUGGGAAGAAUGGGCUCAGUUUCGGAGCUGCUCACGGCAGUUCCCCUUCACCAGAGGCCGGAUCUGGUGGAGGUCUGCGCCGAGCUCAUCAACGAAGAAUGGAAGAAAAGCAAAACCUCUCGCAUGUACUCACUCCAGAAGUCCACAGACAACUUCCCCAUGUGCCUGGUGCUGAUUAAAACCCAAAGGGCCACAGAGGCUGCCGAGGAAGGGAAGAUGGGAAAGACCCAGCUCCUUGGGCAUGCCAGGUUGUCCCGCGUAGUCAGCCAGCCCGAGAGCUUGUUUGUGGAAACGGUAGUGGUUUCCAGGGCCCUGCGGGGCCAGGGGUAUGGCCGGAAGCUGAUGGAAGCCACUGAGUGCUAUGCCAAGACCCGUGGCUUCAGGCACCUGCAUCUCACCACACAUGACAAGCAGCACUUCUAUGCCCACCUGGGCUACACCACAUCUGAGCCGGUGCAGAGCAUGGGGUUCAUGAGCUCCCUGGUCCCCAUGGAGUUCCUGCAGAUGUUCUCCAGCCCCCCUCCUCAUGCUAGAGCACCUGCUUGGGGACUGGGAAAGCCCAGCCCCACCACCUCCCAUCUUAACAGAACUUCAGGAGCCAACCUGUCUCCACUACCGUCCUCCACACCCCCUGUCCAGUGCACCACCAUUGUGUGCCCACCACCACCUCCGCCACCAUUGCCACCAUCUCUGUCUCCACUGACCUCUUUAAACUCCUCACAAUCUGCCAUUCCUCCUCCACUCUCCUUGCCACCUUCACCUCCCCAUGCUUCCCCUUUCCAUUCCAAGACUGCUGCUGCUGGGCUUCCCCCACCACCCCUUUUACCUGCACCAGCUGUCCAUUUAAGCUCUGCACACUUUCCGCCCCCUCCCCCUGGUCCUCCACCACGCCUCCUCCCUCUGCCAGGCCAACCAGGUUCUCCUGGCCCCAUCGCCUCCAGUCCAGCAGGGAAGGAGCCCUAUGAUCACAGCCUUCUGGAGACACCGUACCGCGACCUCAGAGGGCUCCCCAUUUUCUGGAUGAAGAAGGACAUUUGACUCCUGCACAGUGUGCCAAUGAGCUUCUGAUUAAAAGUUGGGAGUGAGGAGAACUCUCCCCCGCACCUUACCCACUG